AUGCCUCGGCUUCAGAGUCCGAAUCAUACUUUGGGAAAAGGCAGCGAGUCAGUGACAGAAGGGAGAAGAGAAGGGAUCAGUGUUCAUUGGGGAACGGAGAAGGACGUCCGAGCUUCAGACGCUGGAAUGGAGCUCCAGCUAAUGGAAGAAGAAUCCACCAGUGAUGAUUCUGUCGUGUUCCUUGACGAGGGCAAACUGCUCGAAGUUAUUGCUGAAGGCUCAUUGACGUUUGAGGAAUGGACUUCACUAAUAUCGUUGAUUGAGAAGACUUACCCGGAUGACAUUGAGAAGUUAUGCUUAGUGUAUGAUCCUUUCUUCUCUGAGUAUCCUUUGUGCCAUGUUUACUGGAGGAAGUACGUCAACCACACCAUCAAGUUGUGCUCCCCUGAAAAGGUUGUUGAAGUUUUCGAGCGAGCUGUGGAAUCAGCUAUGUAUUGUGUUGAUAUUUGGGUUGAUUAUUGCACCUUUGGCUGUAUGGCCUUUGAUGAUCCAUCUGAUGCUCGAAGAUUGUUCAAAAGAGCCAUAUCCUUUGUUGGAAAGGAUUAUCUUUGUCAUAUGUUGUGGGAUAAGUACGUAGAAUUUGAGUUCUCCCAGCAGCAGUGGAGUUUUCUAGCUGAAAUUUACAUCCAAACACUGAGGUUUCCUACCAAAAAGUUGCCUGAGUAUUAUGAUAGCUUUAAGAAGCUGGUAGGAGUUUUCAGGGAUGAAAUGGAAUCCCAGAGCAAACCCAACGUGGAAGAGCCAGUUGAAUCUAUGCUUAGCACUGAAGGUCCAAUCAGCUAUAAGCAAGAUGAAGUUUCUGGUAUCAUCAGGGACUUGCUCGAUCCAUCCUCUACUGCAGCUGGGAUUAUAGCUCUGCAGAAAUAUGUAGCCAUUGGAGAGCAUUCCUAUCAGGAAGCAUGUCUGUUGAAUGCAAAAAUAAUUUGCUUUGAGGCUCAUAUCAAUAGGUCCUAUUUUCAUGUGAAACCUCUAGAAGUCAGCGAGCUAGAGAAUUGGCAUCAGUAUUUGGAUUUUGCUGACUCGCAUGGAGAUUUUGACUGGGCUUUAAAACUUUAUCAAAGGUGCUUAAUUCCUUGUGCCAAUUACCCUGAGUUAUGGGUACGAUAUGUGGAAUUUUUGGAAAGGAAAGGUGGGAAAGAACUAGCUGACUUUGCUCUGCACAGAGCUACAAAAACCUUUCUUAAGAGGGUUUCGUUGAUGCAUCUUUUCAAUGCCCGUUUUAAAGAGUAUCGAGGAGAUGUCUCAAGUGCACGAGCUGCCUUUCUUGCAUGCGAUGCAGAAUCGGAUUUUGUUGAAAAUGUCAUCAGGAAAGCUAACAUGGAAAGGCGCCUUGGAAAUUUCAAAAAUGCUGCCAAAACUUGCAAGCAAGCAUUAGAAGUGGCUGCAGCUAAGGGGAAACAUGAUGUACUUCCCCUCAUAUACAUACACUUGUCAAGACUCAAAUACUUGACCACUGGCAGUGAAGAUGCUGCUGUAGAUACUCUUACAGAUUCAAUUAAACAAAUUCCUUGUAGCAAGUUACUUAUAGAGGAAUUAAUAAAGUUUGCAAUGGCACAUAGAGGAUCAAGACACAUCAAUGUCAUCGGUUCAAUUGUUGCUUAUGCUGUAUCUUCAAAGCCAGGCUCAUCACAAGGCCUGAGCACAAAGGACGGAGAGGAAAUAUUUAGACUAUAUCUAGAGUUUGUUGACCUUUGUGGAAAUAUCCAUGAUGUAAGGAAGGCGUGGGUUCAGCAUGUCACACUGUUUCCUCAUCUUUUGAGGAUUCCUCCAGUUCAGGCUGAAAAUGCCAGGCGAUGGAAACUGGUUACGACGCAAAUGGAAGAAAUGGACAAUCUGCUUCCUCACUGUUCUGAAGAUCACAAUUCCGAUAGCAAGGUUCAGCCCUCAUUUCCUGACCAUGAACUUUCAUCCUUGGAGAACCUUAAUAUAGAACCCUCCCUUCCCAAUCCUAACCCAGUCCCUGAGCAAGCAUCAACACGGGAAAUGAAUCAUGACCUGGUACCUGACCAGGUAGCAGACCGGAAUACUGCACUACCGAUAAACCAAAAUGUGUUGUCUGAUAGCACUACGCAAGUGGAGGUGUGCAAGACACCUCUUGAAGUUCCCGAGGAGCUCAAAGAUAAUGUCCCUGAACCAGAUUCGGACGUUGGUCUCAUAAAUCAAUGCUCCAAUAAAAUAACUGAAGAUGAGGAAAUGCCAGCGGAAUUGGUGAAAGAAAGUGUUCAAAAGCAAGAGUGCAGAGACCUAUCUGAAGAGGACUCAAAGCCACUUCAGCUGGAGAAACUCUCCUUAGAGCCACAGCCGACUGGAUCUCCCAGUUUACUAAAUCAUGAUUCUGACCCAUCACCGAAAUCUGAUUCAGUCAUUCCCACAUCUCAUGAUUGUCAAAGCUCUCAAGAAACCAAUUCGGUACAUAGAACAAUGCUGGUAAGUGCUGAAGGUGCUGAUAUUCAUGAUUUCUCAUCUGCCCCCUUGAGUGUCAGUGCUGCUGUUUCCAUUCAAGCCGAUGUUGGAUGGAAUCCUAGUCCUUCAUCAUCGGCAGGCGAGCAUAACAGUGCAACACAAGCAGCUAGGCCCCACAUGAUGGCAAAUAGGGGGAAAUAUUGGCAUCAAAGGAGCAACACAGAGAGACAUAGCAGAGAUUCCAGAGCUGGAUAUCGUGGUCAUCCACGUAGAAGGCUGGACAAGCAUACAAAAGCUGAUAGUGAACCUCAGCUGUCCAACAGCAUGAGUGGUGGUUAUUCCUCUCAGAAUUUAUCCUUGCAAAACCCACCACAAGGUCAACAAAACAACAGCCAAGUCCCAGCAUCUAAUGUUGUUGCUGUAGGAAAUGGAGAACCCCAAGCCUGGAGUCAAAAUAAUCCAGCGUCAUAUGACCAGUUGUGGCAGCAAUACUAUUAUUACCACCAGCAGCAGUUGCUUUGGUUACAGCAGCAGCUGCAACAACAAGAAAACCAGCAGCAGCCCCAGCAGCUGCUGUACCUACAGCAGCAGUACCAGCAUCAGGUGCUACAACUUCAGUAUCUCCAGCAGCAACAGUCACUUACCCAACACCAGCAGCAGCAACUAAUGCAACAACAACAGCUACAGUUGCAGCAGCACCACCAUCAGCAGCUACUCAUGCAACAAGCGUACCAGUCGCAGCAGCAGCAGCAACAACCCUAUAAUCAGCAACAAUAUCAGCUGCAGCAGCAUCAACUUUAUUCGUCACAACAGCAGCAGCAACAGAUACCAGAAGGAGCUGUCUCACAACAGCAGCCGCAACAGAUACAAGAAGGAGCCGUCUCACAACAGCAGCACUAUGUUCACGAGCAUGGACAAGCUAGCCUCACGCAAACUCAGUUUUACCCCCAGAGCUGGAGCACAGCAGGUGAUGGUAAUGUUGCAGCACCAGCAAGUGUCAGAUCAACCGAGUCUCCACACUCCCCACAGCCAUCCCCACCUACUCAACAACUUGCUUGA